AUGUUACCUCAAACAGCUUUGUUGGGUGCUUUGGCCCUCUUGCCACAGGCUCUCGCAGCAUGGCCAUCCUUUUACACCCUGUUAUCAAGCCCAUAUCGCAACGAAGAGCCCGCCGUUCAAGUGGAAACGUUAUUCCAAUUUCCAAACAAUGGCUCCUGGAUCGACAAUGUUGUUCUCCGAUCCGACGGUAGCCUUCUCCUUACGCGACUAGAUGUUCCAGAGGUAUGGUCUGUGGACGCAGAUAGUGGAAAUGCGACACUUGCCUACUCCUUCCCGAACGUGACAAGUUGCUUCGGCAUCAGUGAAAUUGACGAUGAUGUAUUUGCUGUGGUGAUUGGCAACUUCUCAACCGAGACAUAUGCACCAACUCCGGGGACCUUUUCCGUUCAGAAAUUAAAUUUUCAAAGCCAAAAUACCAGUGACAAGAAGAGAGAUUCUCAGUCUCAGUCUCAGUCUCCGGUCGCAACGGAGAUUGCUCCACUCCCUGACGCUCAAGCGCUCAACGGCAUGGCAACAUUCACCAGAGAGUCCCACCUUGUGCUUAUCGCAGAUAGCCCCGCGGGGGUUGUUUGGAAGGUCAACACGGAGACGGGUGACUACGCCGUUGCUUUGAAUGACACUACAAUGCUCCCAGCGAAGGGUCAAGCAUUGCCAUUGGGGAUCAAUGGAUUGAAAGUCGUCGAUGGAUACGUGUACUAUUCCAGUACGACGCGAAUGGAAUACUGUCGUGUCAAAGUUGAUGAAGAGGCCAAUGCAGCUGGAGAGUACCAAGUCAUCGCCAGCGGGUUCCUCCCCGAUGGUCUGGAUGUGGCUUCGGAUGGCACUGCGUAUAUUGCGACCGAUCCCCAGAAUUCGGUCGUUCGUGUGACUCCUUAUGGUCAAAUUUCCUUAGUUGCUGGUGGUCAACUCUCCACCCAGAUGCCCGGUGCCACUUCCUGUCGGUUAACUGCCGAUGGGAAAACCUUAUAUGUCGGGACAAGUGGAGGGCAAGUGGCUCCUGUCUUGGGGACUUUCAAGGAACCGGCGAAGGUGGUGAAGAUUACCUUUUCAUAA